GGUCGUGUGAAUCUGAGCCGUCCCGACCACAAGUUCUGGGUGAUAGAGCAGGCAGCAGACAGCACCAAUAACGGCCUUCCCCCUAACAUGCCCACUCGCGUGUUUAUUGGCCGAGAGGUUGCAGUAACAGAUCGCACAGUGGCCACAAAGUACGAGUUGAGUCGCAGGCAGUACCUGGGCCCCACCGCCAUGGAUGCUGAGCUGGCGCUGCUGAUGGCCAAUCAGGCGCUUGCACGGCGGGGAGCGCUCAUGUACGAUCCGUUUGUUGGGACGGGGAGCAUUCUGGUUGCUGCUGCUCAUUUCGGUGCGGUUACUAUGGGAGCAGACAUCGACAUCAGGGUUGUUCGGGAUGGCAAGGGGCCAAAUCGGGACGUGUGGGCGAACUUCCACCAGUACUCGCUCUCUCCGCCAGUGGGAUUGCUGAGAGCCGACAACAAUUGCCCGCCCUGGAGGCAAGACUUGCGAGAGAUCUUCGAUGCCAUCAUUUGUGAUCCUCCGUACGGCGUUCGGGCAGGCGGCCGAAAGUCAGGAGGGAGGAAAAUUCUCAACGGGGUGACCGACCCUUACUCUAUAGCAGAAGACUUGAAAGCUGCCCACAUUCCCUCCACUGCACCUUACUCCCUAGAAGAAUGCCUGCACGAUCUUUUAGACACAGCUGCCCGGCUGCUUGCCAUUGGCGGGCGGCUAGUUUAUUUCUACCCGGCUGCCCGGGAGGAGUAUUUACCCUCGGAUAUUCCGGGGCACCCGUGCUUAAGGUUGGCGGCUAACAGUGAGCAGAUUCUGACCAAGAGGUGGAGCAGGCGGCUUGUGACUAUGGUGAAGGUUGAGCGGUACAGUGAUGACAUGGCAGCUGCACACGUGGCAGCUCAUGAGUGGUUUAGAAAGAAGCAAAUCGAGGAGAGUAAGCUGAUGAGGGAGACGGAGGAGGCGGGGGAUUUGGGGGGGGUAGGGGAGGGAGGCGAAAAAGGAGACAGGAAGGGGGAGAAGAAGGGUGAGGGAGAGAGGAAAACAGGGAGGUCGUUUCAUGACUUGGUGUUUGCAUCGAGGGCAGAUGAGGUGGCAGGGAUUCACCAGGAGGCGUCGGUGAGGGGCAUGAGGGACGAGAGGGGGGAAGGAGGGAGGGGCACGGCAGGCACCACAGAUGGGGCGAAGGGUGCUGGUAGUGGUUUAACCCGCAAGGCAGCAAAGGCAGCAAAGCAGGCGUCGCGGCCAUUGUACCGUGCCAAGUGUGUUUGAUGGAGGCGGGGAUUCACCAGCAGGCAUCGGUACCACAGAUGGGGCAAAGGCCGCUGGUAGUGGUCUAUCUCUCAACGCGGCAAGGCACGCAUCUAGACCAGUGCUGAUCUUUGAGUUUUCGCUACUCUGAAAUCUGGCAGUGAUUUUUAAUCAGAACACUGAAAAUCUGAGUGAUUUCCAACAUUUUCCCUGAAUGGGUAAAAUACCCUUACGGCCCUUAUAAUAAGGGUGGGGUAGCUGUUGGACCCUUAUUUUUAAAAGUGGUUUAGUUUUUGACCCUUAUGAAAAAAACUAGAUCUAUACGGGACCCUGUUUUUUCAAAGUGGUCGAGUGUAGGGACCCU